AGAGCAAAUCCCCAGAACAGCCAAUGUUGAAAACUUUGUCUAAAACCGCAAAACCUAGAUGCGGUGGUAGUCUACUCAGACUCUACCACUCGUCUGAACAUAUAGGAUCUAAUGUUAUUGUUGACAACAAUACUAUUGAAUCGAAAAUUUUAAGCAAGGCAUUAGAACAUAUUCCUAGAUAUGGAUUUAAAACUGGCAGUAUCACCAAAGCUAUUCGUGACUUGGAAUACCCCGACUCAAUUCAGUCAGUCAUUACUUCAAAUCCUAAGGGGAACUCUGCUGAAUUUCAACUAACUUUACACUGGUUAAAAUCCAAGAGACAAGAAUUAAACAAUUACGCUGCCGAAGACCCUGAAUUCAAUUCUAUAACCAAUGAAUACGAACGUGUUGCCAAGUUAAUUAAAACUAGACUAAUGAUGAAUUCUCCUGUUAUUGGCCAUUUACAUGAAGGGUUAUCUCAACUUGUGGUGCCUUAUAAUCUUCCUCAAUCAAUGGAAGAAUUGCACAAUCUCAGUGAUGAUAUCGCAUUUUUAGCAGGAGACAUGUCUCAUGAUUUUGCAUGGUAUAGUAAAAGAGCAGGAUUUUCAUCAAUCUACGUAAAAUCUGAAUUAUAUAUGCUUCAAGAUUCCAGUGCCAAUUUCAAGAAAACUAACAAAUUUGUUGAUGAAAAGGUUCGUGGCAUUAAGCAACUAGGCGCAGCUUAUAAUAGCGUCGAAGAAUGGGGGUUGUUUAAUGCUAUAAGUUUAGUUAAUCUUAUCAAGUCUCAACUCAUACGUGGGUAAACAUUGUACAUACGAAUAAUAUCAGUGGAUAGUUUAUAUGCAAAUUAGUAUAAGCUUUAUAUAUAUAUACACAUAUCUUAUGACUUACUGCCCCAAUUGUGCCCUUACAGCCAAUAACUUAUUUCUAGUUGUUUCUAUUUUCUUUUCUUGAUCAGCAAUUUUCGUUUCAACACGACUGAUUUCUCCUUCAAUAAAUUCAAUUCUUUUGGUAACAUUUAAUUUAGCUUCUGUGAAAUCUUGUGGCAAUAGCACUGGACCAGUUAAUUUAUAAAUCUUUGAAUCUUCAUUGAGAUUUUCAAAUUCAGCUAAUACGAUCUUAUUUUCUUGAUAUUGAGUUUCUAAUUGUGAUCUUGCGGAUAUUAAUUCAUUAAGUGAAUUUUGAUCAUUUGAAAAUUCCAACGAAAGUGAUUCGAAUUGUUGUUUGAUAUCAGACAUGGU